GGUGUGUGUGUGCACACUGGCGAGCGGCGUGGACCGCCCGUCCCACUGUGAGCCGUCUGCCGUGAACGGGCUGGCCCGCUCUGUGCCAAUGUGGUAACGGGCCGCGAUGGGUCUGGCCCGGCCGCCGAUCGGUGGUACGAUACGGAAUCGGUGAACCUACCCGCUCGGUUGCUCCUUUGUCGCUGUCUGUGGCAAUCACCAGCUGGACUUGUGGCCUCGCGGCGCGGCGCCUGCCGACUCUUGGCCAAUAGCAUGACGCCAUUACGAAACCGGCUGUUUUGAAAAAAGAGAUGAUGGUGCUGUGAAGUUGACGGUGACCGCUCACGGUUGAGAGUGCGGGCUCUCCAGUGGAUGGUCCGGGACUUCGACAGGGUCUGCACAGGUCCGAUUUACUCCGCACGGUGCAUAUGAUAAUCUGGAUCUGAUCAAAAUGGCGACCCCUACGUCAUCCGGGAAACUGAGCAGCGGCAGCAGCGGCACCGCCGAGCCGCCCGCCACCAGUCUGACACAGGACGGAGACUGGCUGCAGUGUCUCGUUUGCCGCGACGUCUUCAAAGACCCGUGGCUGCUGCGCUGUCUGCACACAUUCUGCCAGUCAUGUUUUGACGUUCGGGUGGAACAGGAGGGCAAGAACGAAUGCCCCGUGUGCCAGGAGCGUGACGUGUUCGGUCACCUGAAGCUGCGUCCCGACUACGCGGCGCGCUACGCGCUGGAGCACGGCGCGGCCGAGCGGCGUGCCGUGCCGUGCUCGGGCGGACCGGCCGGCUCCGAGUGCGGCCGGCCGGCCGUGUCCCACUGCCCCACCUGCGCCAAAUACAUGUGCACCGGCUGCCACACGGUCCACCUGGAGCUGAGUCGCGCCCACCGGGUCCAGUCGCUGGGAGAGGCCCGCGCCGACGGUAAGCGCGCUGUGUGCUGGCUGCAUCUGUCCCAGCCGCUGCAGUACUACUGUGCCACCUGUGACGUGCCCACUUGCCAGCUGUGCGCCGACCAGCAUCCCGCCGACCACCGGCGCACCAUGCUGGAAGACAUCGUCUCCGACGAGAUCGGCGUCUUCUGUGCCACCAUCGACGCGCAGAAACGCAAAGUCAUCGACAUGAAAAAGAUCCUGGCCCGUCAGAUUCGCCGGCACAACGAGGCGUACGAACGGUGCCGCAGACUGGUGGACGAAGGCCAUGAAGUUCUCGUGGACGUGCUGCCGUCUGGCAAGGACCAGGUUCUUCUCAAACUGGACGAGAUUCACCGAGUGAUGAAGGCGCGCCUGGAGAAGUUCGGCGAGAAGAUGCUGCUGUUGGCCGGCGAUGUGACGCACAUCAUCAGCGUCAUGGAAAGACAGCUGCAGUUCGGCCUGAACGCCGAGGUGCUGGCGCUCAAGAAGCCCGCUGAGAGCAAGCUGGGUGUGAUGAACCGCAAGAUCGACGACCACUUCUCGGCGGAGCAGGCCGUGGCGCAGUCGCUGCUGCGUAACGGCGGCGAGAUCGGACGUGAGAUGAUGCGCAGCCUGUACCGACCCCAGGUGGCCACGGACAGUCGCCGCGCCUCUCCCGUGCAGACGACCGACCUGCGCGCGCUCAAUGGGUUCGGCUCCAGUCCGUCCGGCUCGUCUCACGGCUCCAGCCCGGAGCUGUCUCUGGAGCAAAGCCUCAGCCGCGGCUCCAGUUACGACCACGAGCUGCUGUCAGACGGACGCCAGAGCAGCGGCGAUCUCGGUCUGGGCUUCGCUCUUCCAUCGGAACUGUCGGCUAUGCUCAACGGUAACUCUUCGAGCGAUCUCUUCUCGCACCCGCCCUCUUCGCUCAGCCUGACUGGCAUCAGCAACGGCGGGGGCUCCAACGGUCACGGCAAGCUCAACACCGUCGUGGGUGGCCUGAAUGGUCUCUCGUCUCUGUCCAACGGCCUUGAACAUCAGCUGCGCCUUGACGACCGCAGUAGCGUUGGAAGUUCCUCGCGGCCUGCCACCGGCUUCAGCGGCCUGGACCUCGGCUCUCACCACAGCCUGGGCGACUUCAACAGCCUGGCUGACUUCGGCCCGAGCCGCCUGUCGAACGGCCUCGGCCAGUCGACCUCCGCCAGCAGCGGCGGCAGCGGCGGUGGCUCCGGCUUCUGCAACGGCAACGCCGGCGGCGGGCUCGGCCAGAGCAUCCUGAACGGUGCCUCCGGGAUGGAGCGCUCGUUCAGCGGCAGCUACGACAGUGGCUUCUCGGGUCGCUUCUCGCCCUACUCGGUCAACCAGUACGGCCGCUGGUCGAACGGGAACGAUGCGGGCGAGUCGCUGCGCCCGCCGUCUGCCACGGGCAGCCAGCUGAGCCGCGGCCCGCCGCCGGCGGCCCCGGCGCCCACACCGCCGUACCCGCCGCGCGGCCAGAUCCGCCGCCAGAAGAUGAUCUACAACGUCAAACUGGGCGAGUUCGGCGUGAUGGAGGGACAGUUCACCGAGCCUUCCGGAGUGGCCGUCAACGCGCGCAAUGAGAUCAUCGUGGCCGACACCAACAACCACCGGAUCCAGGUGUUUGACAAGGAGGGCCGCUUCCAGUUCAGCUUCGGCGAAUGCGGCAAGCGCGAGGGCCAGCUGCUCUACCCGAACCGUGUGUUCGUCAACAAACAAAGCGGGGACAUCGUGGUGACGGAGCGCUCGCCGACGCACCAGAUCCAGAUCUACAACCAGUACGGCGCGUUCGUCCGCAAGUUCGGAGCCGACAUCCUGCAGCACCCUCGCGGUGUGACGGUCGACAACAAGAACCGCAUCGUUGUCGUCGAAUGCAAAGUGAUGCGUGUGCUCGUGUUCGACUACUUCGGCGACGUGCUGAAGCGGUUCGGCUGCAGCCGCCACCUCGAGUUCCCCAACGGCGUGGCCGUCAACGACAAGGAAGAGAUCUUCAUCAGCGACAACCGAGCCCACUGUGUCAAGGUCUUCAGCUACGAAGGCCAGUUCCUACGUAAAAUCGGCGGCGAGGGCGUCACUAACUACCCCAUCGGAGUUGGCAUCAACCUUCUUGGCCAAGUGGUCAUCGCCGACAACCACAACAACUUCAACCUGACUGUGUUCACUCAGGAGGGCCAGCUCAUCAGCGCCCUCGAGUCCAAGGUGAAGCACGCCCAGUGCUUCGACAUGGCGCUCAUGGAGGGCGGCUCCGUGGUGCUGGCCAGCAAGGACUACCGCCUGUACGUGUACCGCUACGCGCCGUCCCAGGUGCAGUACGCCUACCCGUUCUAAGGCGCCGGCUGGCCACUGCGGCCGACCGAGGGGCGUGGUGAGCCGGUGGCGGCCACCCUGUACAGAGUGUGCACUAGUUAAGCGGCGGCUGCCACCUCAACAUGCCCACCAGACUUGCGCUUGUUUCGCCCGCCGGCCAUCGCCCUAGUCAGGCUAUGAAGCGUUCGCUGGGGCGUCCCCACCCACGUGACACUGUUGCUCGUAGCAGCUUUAAGGUGUUGUUGAGCGGUGGCCCCGUUUUGUUUUUGUUUACGUUGAUGCGAUGAUCUAACUUUGUUAUCUAUUUAAGUUUCCUUAUUUAUUCUGUUGAUAUUAAAGCUGGGUUGAGUUUUGCAUUUUAACCAUUUUAACCUGUCUUCUUUUAGCCCGUUUUACCGCGCCGUCUUUCCCCGCUGUGGCGUGCCGUCAGGGCGCCGGCCUUCCUGCUGUGGGCAGCUGGCCGGGGCGCGGCGCGCGGCCGUCUCGGCCCUGCUUCCGGUCCUGUCCAACUGACGAACUGUUCUCCCGGUAGUGGCGUCUCCCUUACCCCCGUCCCGUCCCGCUUCUCACCCGCCAGGCUGUGUAUGGGCGCUGUUUGUACCUCAUCGCGCGCGCACGUGCGGUGCCACCCUGGGCUGGUCAGAUGUGUGGAGAUUUUAUAAAGUUUUGUACUUUGCUAACGUUCGGGAAUCGCGCUGCGGCCGGGCUGCGGAACUGGCCGAGCGUCCACCGCCGGCCGAGCCAGUGCCUCUCACUAGAACCGUUAAAACGUCGUGAAACAGUAUUUUUACAAUGUUUUCUUUUAUACAAGUUGAGCAGCUGGCACCGCCGUCGUGUGACCUUUUCGGUAGCAUGUGCGCUCCUCUCACGCACCCAUCCAGCCAUUAUUUCGCGUGUGCACGCACACGCCACACACAGACAUACACACACGGACACCUCACGCACAAAGACACACGCAUACUGACACAAUGUCGUUCCAUAUGACUCCCGGUCUAGAUAUACCCCCACUGAUAUCGGCACUGUACGCCUCUGUCGGCGACGGGCCGCGCCCUGCCUGGUGGCAACUUUUCUUCCGAAUGGGACCAGUGUUUCAAUGCGGACGGGGGUAAAACAGGCCAUGAACCUUGGUUCCAGGCUUCCCUCGUCCGGUGGCGCGUGCCGCCCAAACCAGAGAGCGAGAGCUGGGACUGAGGCCGCGCCGGGGCUGGCGCUGUUGUCCGGCCCCUCCCGAGGCGGCCGUGUGCCAUGUGCGCGCCGGGGGACGCCAGGUCCACUGUCUGCCUGUUCGCUUCGCUUUGGCCGACUGUCGAUCGGACGGUCGCCAUUGAGCCGACGCGUGUACCAUUGUUGUUGAGUAUAUUUUACUACCUAGUUGGUGUGUGCCUGUUAGUUGGUUAGUGUGCAUGCGCCACCGAGCGGUGGCGGCCGCGGUCGGCCGGCGAGCCGCCGCCCUGUAUAGAGGCGCCCGACCGGGCGUCGGGCGCGCCCGUCGCCACUGGACGCCACUCGGCCGCCGCGCACUCGUUGGUAAUAAUGUAUUUUGGACUGUGCUUGUACCGUGGGCUCAACUGUACUCUUGUUGUGACUUCCCUUCGCUCUGUGGGCCGGGUUGGCGGGCGCCGUGCCCGAUUGCGCCAUUGUUGUCUCAUUUUGGAGCUGUUUUGCGUGUUACCGUUACCAUGUUUGGUGUUCAGCUGUUGCGCCUGACGCCACCCGAACUCAGAAUCAAUAGACGCCCACAUUCCAGCACGGAUUUCACAGUUCAAAUCUCUCGCUUCUGUUACUUGUUGCGCGCGCGUGUCGCCCGCGCCCGGCCGCCCGUACUUACCAAUAUGUAUAUGUAAGGUUUGAUAUAUACUCAUGGCUCUCUUGUUGGCCGCUGCUGCCGCGCUGUGCGGCGUUUUAACUGGAUGCUUUGUUAUAGCGGCGAGAGGGGCCGGGCGAUGUAGGGCCCAAGGGCAGCGCGCUCGGGGCACCCCCGCUGCCCUCAGUCUCUUCCCAUGUUGCGCGUUUUUAUCAUUAGUUGAUUUUUAUUUUCUUAUGUGUAAGUAGUACAUUUUACGUCUUUCAUUUGGUAAUUUGUUAAGCAGUGGUUGUACUACAAUGGUAUUCAAUAAACUGUUUGCUUAUAA